CACACAUCACACGUGUGUGCAUCCCUGGAUGUCGAUGCUAUGGUGGAUGUUCAGCGCCGCGCGUUUGGCGCUGGCGGCCCCCACAACACCUGCGCCCUGCACGUGGGACGCGGCCGAGCCUUGCUAUCUCCAGAUUGGGGGCGUCUACGAGUUCAUGAAUCGGGCCGCGCUGACCGAUGAAAGCGCGUUUCGCACGAUGAACGAUUGCCACGGAUACCUGGUCCAGCCCUAUAUCGAUGCAGUGAACAGUCUCAACGGUGGCAGAGGCUUCAUGGUACAUAGCAAUGGCCUUGAGAUUGCUCAAUCGAGGCCAUAUCAGAGGUACUACUACCGCCUCAACUACACCCGAGUCAUCUUUGAGAACUGGACCCAGGGCCAGGCUUUGUCUCUGCAGCUCUUUCCUCACUGGUCCCUUGUCCUUGGCAUGGGCUCUGGCUGCAGCGACAGCCUCAUCAUGGAGCAAGCGCUUCUGGCCAACAUCACCGAGAGGCUUUGGAUGACCAUACGGGGGCCUUGGAGCCAGAUGUCGAGGGCCUCAGGCGGACCCUUACGCUGGGCCUUCAGUGCCCACUUGAACUCUCGCGACUAUCCUAAAGGCACUAUACAGCAAUGGGCCCUCAAUGGUGCUAAGACCGCUGCUAUCUUCUACUGGUGCUGCUCCAACGACUUUUUCAAAGGAGUUGGAGAGGGGGCUUUCCAGCCCUUGGAGGAGAAUGGCGUCAGCGUCCAGGUGGCAGCAUUGGGGUCCUCCAGUUUGCCCUCUGAAUGGAAGGUUUUGGAGGAUGCAGUCGCGGAAGCUGUUCAGAAGAAGGUGGAUGUGAUUGUGACAUCGUUCAGCAAGGAUGCUUUGAUAUUUCUCCUGCAGAAGCUCGAAGAGAAGCGCCAUGAGUAUGUUCCCAAAGGCAUCUAUGCCAACAACGUCGUUUGGGCGGAUAAGAAUGCGACCUAUUGCCAAGGCCUUGGACUCACCUGCUCCAAUCUCCUCUCCGCCUCCCAGGUCUCUGUGACUUUCAAAGCUACGGAUGCACUUCAAGACGGAGUACUGAGCAUGGAUGGCAAGGAGUACCGGUCUUUGCCCGGCUUCAUGAAUGACUUCGAGACGGCCACCGCCCUCUCUGCCUUCAUCCAGGCGGUGCAGAAGGUCUUCCAGUUUCGCGAGGUGGCCGAGCCCAGCAAUCCGCUCCAUUCGGCGGCGGAUCCCAACGUCUACAUGGCGGUGCGGGAUCUCAUGCUCUCCGGGCAGGUUUUUGGAAGUACCUUUGGUGGUCCUGCAUCCUUCAACCCAUGGGGGCAGCUCAAUGGCAUGAACCCGCCCACGUUUAGUCUGAGCCCCGACCCCAAAGAGCUGUCGGUCUUGUUCCCUCCCAGCCUGGCGGACGUGGGCUUCGAGUUCCCGGCGCCCGCGGCGGUGCCCUGCGUGGCGAACUUCUACAAGGUCUGGAAGAAGGACAGCUGCUUGCUGUGUGAGGCGGAGUGCCAGCCCUGUCCUCCCCAUAGCGAACGCUAUGACCCAGCCUUCCAGUGCAGCUGCAGCAGCGGUUUCUUUGACCUGGACAGCAGCUGUGUGGAGUGCCCCGAAGGAGCGGUCUGCAAUACGAGCGGCUCCGUCUUGGAGACGUUGCACCUCUCAACGGGCUACUGGCGCUAUGGCCACCGAUCCUCAGACGUUCAGCUGUGCCACACAGGAGAUGCCUGCUUGGGCGGCACAGCCUAUGGAGAUGACUCCUGCGCGGUGGGACAUGAGGGGCCGAGAUGUCAGGUGUGCUCCGAGAGGUACUAUCACGAUUCAGGUUCUUCCAAGUGUUUGGCCUGUCCUUCAGAGAGUCUGCCAGUUGGUGCAGUCCAGGUCUUUGCCUUGACCAGUCUCUUCUUGAUCCUCCUCCUCCUGUGCUUCCGGUGCCGUAUCCAGCGAGUCCUGAGCCGCUCCGUGCAGAACUCUCGCUCCAAAGCGAAGGAGGUGAAGACCAAGGUGAAGAUCACCGUCUCCUUGCUGCAGCUCAUGAACAUGCUCCCGGGGAUCUUCCCCUCCAUCACUUGGCCCAUGAGCUUCCAGAGCUUCCUGAGCACCCUGGGGAUCUUCAACUUGUCGCUCUUCCAGGUGGUUCCGGCCAAUUGCUUGCGGCCGACGAACUUCUACGACCAGCUGGUGGCCACGACCCUAUUUCCCAUUGGAAUUCUGCUGAUCCUCGCGCUGAUCUACUUCAUCCAUUCCAGGCUGAGAGGAGGUCCACGGGGUCCGCUCCAGUCGACCUACUUUGGUGCUGGCCUUCUGGUGACUUACUUGGUCUUUCCAUUCACCGUGACCACGAUCUUCGACACCUUCAAGUGUGAGGAGUUCCCCUUAGGCACUGGCGACACUCGGAGAUUCCUGGCGAAAGACCUCAGCCUCGACUGCGAUGCACCGCUUCAUGGAAGUUAUACCACGUUUGCCUUGAUCAUGGUGGCGAUCUAUCCACUGGGCAUCCCCGGGUGGAUUGGUUUUAGCUUGUGGAGAUACCGGCGGGCCAUUGCACCCAAGGUGAGCCUAUAUGAGAUGUCCGAGGCGCAAGAAGAGCUGGAAGGGAGGCAGUCCACGGUGCUUCGUGCCAAGCUGGUGCAGAAGUUGGGCCUCCAGGAACUCACGCGCAAGCUGGCGGCGCCCAAACUGACGGCUCCCCGCUUGGUGUCGAUGCACACAGGAAGGCAGUACAAAGGAAUGGUCUCACAAGAGAGUGGGUAUCUGGCGGCAAUGAAGAAGCGCGAAGAGAAUCCAGAUAUUGAGCACCUGAGAUUCAUCUUCGAAGACUACAAGCCAAGCAGCAUGUACUACGAGAUGUUCGAGUGCUUGCGGAAAGUCUUUUUGAGUGCCGUGUUGGUCUUCUGUGUCCCUGGCUCAUGGCUUCAGAUUGUGGUUGGUCUGCUCUUUUGUCUCUUCAGCUUAAAGGUGCUGCAAGUCUGGCGGCCCUAUGCGAAUCUGAGCACGAACACCGCGGCGGAGAGCUCCCAGUGGAUCUUGUUCGCGAGCUUGUUGUUUGGGCUCUUACUCUUCACAGCCGAGCAGACCAGUCGGGAGAUCAUCGGGUUGGAUUUUGGGCCGGGCUCCUUCCCCAGCGAGUUCAUGUCCUUCUUCCUCAUCGUGGCCACCAUCAGCAGCUUCAUCUUUGGCCUCUUCGAUGCAGUGAUGGAGACGGAAAUCCUGGAUGCCGCAGACCUGGCGGCCGACAUGGACCUCGGAGCCGCUGACAUCGACCCGGAGGUCGACCCGGAGCACCACGGGUCCGGUUCGGGCUCCGAGGGCUCCGCUGCGGAGGGGUCCGAGGCGGCAGACUUGGGUGCAGACUUGGGCGCAUUUGAGGAGGAGAGGGUCUGAGAGAUGUUUUCUGGAGAGGUGAGGCGUGGCGGUGGAGAUGCACGUAGAUGCACGUGGGGUUUCGUGGAUUUAGGGGUGUCUUCGUGGCGAACAGUUUACACACGUGCCCAGAGUUUACAAGCUUUUUGGAGCUUUGUUUUGGGCGUGUUGCGGCUUGAAGACAUCCGUUGCGCCUGUUCUUGCAAAAGAGUACGGAAGAUCCUUGAGACAUCAUCGCGUGGAAACAAAAACCCUGCUUUCCCAUCCAGACUGCCUAUCGCCGGCUGUAAUUGCAUCAGCGAAUGAUGGAGUGAAUGAUGGAUGAUGCGGCCGGGGGGCUCCAAAGUUGGGUGGCCC